UCGUAUUCAAUUAAUUGAAGUUCUAAGGAUUUGAAGAUGCCACCCAAGGCGAGCGGCAAGGCUGCGAAGAAGGCUGGAAAAGCGCAGAAAAACAUUUCGAAGGGCGACAAGAAGAAGAAGCGUAAGAGGAAGGAGAGUUACGCUAUCUACAUCUACAAAGUGCUGAAGCAAGUCCAUCCCGAUACCGGUAUUUCGAGCAAAGCUAUGAGCAUCAUGAACAGCUUCGUCAACGACAUUUUUGAGCGUAUAGCUGCUGAAUCAUCACGUCUUGCUCACUACAACAAACGCUCGACGAUAACUUCUCGGGAGAUUCAAACUGCUGUCCGACUUCUACUUCCUGGAGAACUUGCCAAGCACGCAGUCAGUGAAGGCACAAAGGCAGUCACGAAAUACACCAGCUCCAAAUAAUCUGACUCCUUGAUGCAAACAAAAACCGGCCCUUUUCAGGGCCACCAUUCUUAUCCAACCAAAGAUCGAAUUCCGAACAAUAAACGAGUG